UAUCCUCAAACUUCGUAGUUGCUAGGUCAACGCAUGGUGCACCUGCGGAAAUCUUCGUGAAAGAUAAAAAAAAGAUUAACGAGAUCAAAGUGAAUUCUGGAUUUUGAAAAAGACAAAUUUAUUCGUACCACCAAAAUUUUCGUUCGCGAGAAACAGGAAACUUUAUUAUCUGACACAUGCGCAUUAAACGGUGUGAUCGAAAUUUUGAAAUUUGGCUCCUGUGAUCGACGCAUUUGAAAACGAACAUGAACCUCGAGGAAUAUCGAAAGCAUGGCAAAGAAAUGGUUGACUACAUAGCCGACUAUCUCGAGACUAUUCGUACUCGUCGUGUCUAUCCGGCAGUAUCACCGGGUUAUCUUAGAAACAUUUUACCACCUUCAGCACCCCUCGAGGGUGAACCCUGGGAGGAGAUUUUUGGAGACAUAGAAAAGUGCAUAAUGCCUGGCGUUACUCAUUGGCAGAGUCCACACAUGCAUGCCUACUUUCCAGCUCUAAAUUCGCCGGCCAGCCUCCUGGCCGAUAUGCUCGCUGAUGCCAUAAACUGUCUCGGUUUCACCUGGGCGUCAAGUCCCGCGUGCACCGAGCUGGAGACAAUCGUAAUGAACUGGCUUGGAAAAAUGAUUGGACUGCCCGAAGAGUUUAUACAUCGUCCUGGUGGCUCAGGGGGUGGUGUCAUACAGACAACUGCCAGCGAAGCAACCCUUGUUUGCCUAUUGGCUGCAAGGACCAGGGCGAUUCGUGAUAUUCAGCAGAACGAACCUGAUCGAUUACCUACGGAGAUCAAUUCACGACUUGUAGCUUAUUGUUCGGACCAGGCCCAUUCGAGCGUCGAAAAAGCUGGAUUGAUCGGAUUGGUUCGUAUGAGAUACAUUGAAUCGGAUGAUGACCUCAGUAUGAGGGGUGAAAUGCUGGCGGAAGCUUUGUCACGUGACCGCGAAGAGGGACUAGUACCAUUUUUUGUGUGUGCCACACUGGGCACUACCGGUGCUUGCUCUUUUGACAAUCUCAAAGAGAUAGGACCCAUUUGUGGAAAGAAUGGACUCUGGUUGCACAUUGAUGCUGCUUACGCCGGAAGUGCUUUUGUCUGUCCGGAAUUUCGUAGCUGGCUUCAGGGUAUUGAAUAUGCCGAUUCCUUUGCUUUCAAUCCAAGCAAAUGGCUUAUGGUACAUUUCGAUUGCACGGCCAUGUGGGUGAAAAGUAGCCAGGCUCUUCACAGGACAUUUAACGUGGAUCCAUUAUAUUUGAAGCAUGAAAAUUCUGGACUCGCUAUCGAUUAUAUGCACUGGCAAAUACCUUUAUCCAAAAGAUUCCGAGCUUUAAAGCUUUGGUUCGUAAUUCGAAAUUAUGGGAUAACCGGAUUGCAGAAACACAUACGCGAGGGUGUCAGAUUAGCACAGAAAUUCGAGGCUCUGGUUUUGGGCGAUAGUCGUUUUGAGAUUCCAGCAACCAGACACUUGGGAAUGGUUGUGUUUCGUCUACGGGGUGAAAAUUCAUUAACGGAGAGGCUACUGAAGAGGAUGAACAACAGAGGACGUGUUCAUUGUGUACCAGCGGCACUGCAUGGGCAAUACGUCAUAAGAUUUACUGUGACGUCAACUAAUACUACUAACGAAGACAUACUCAAGGAUUGGGCGGAAAUACGUAACACAGCGACGGAAAUACUAGGACAGAAUAAUGGUUCGCCCGUAAGAGUUAAGGUGUCUUUGGCAGAGACACGCGAGAAAAAUGAGAAUUUUGGAUCGAGCCUUUUAUUGGCAAAUUCGCCGAUGUCACCAAAAAUUGUUAAUGGAAGCUUUGCUGCCAUUUACGACACUGCUGAUGUAUUUAACGAAUGUAUGAAAACUUUUGGACAGCUUCGAUUGGAAGCUAGAGACAGUCCAGCCAUGCGAAGACGUAUACGGGGUAUUUUGAUGUCUGGAAAACAAUUCUCAUUGGAUUCCCGUAUGGAUCUUGUGCAGGGAUAUGCCUCCUGUGGUAGACCGCUUUCCGAACCUUGCACAAAUCUACCAUUAAUGAGAGAAGAUGAAGAUGGCAUAGGAAAAACAGAAUCUUCGAUGAGUAUCGAUAAAACAGAUUCGUCAAUCGAAAAUUCUUGCGGAACUUUCAUGGACCAUUUUGAAUCCGCGGAAUCCCUCGCCGGUAAAACAGAUUCCUGCACUGACGUCGGUGGGUACGUUACCAAGAUAGUAAACGGCUCUGUCGGUAAACAAGAUGUUACCAAAAUGACGGAUCAGGUAGAUCCCAAGGAGUUUAGCCUCGAAAAGGGUUUAUGCAAGAGUGAGACCAUUGGAGCCAUCAGCAAUAUAUCAAAUUCUAGCGGUGUGUUAUCACAAAUGAAAAGGGAUUCAAAGGAUUCAGGAAAACUGUGCCAGAAGUGCGGCCAUUAUACGACCCAAGAAUAGACAACAAUGGUGUAUUGCGUCAUAUAGAAUAGUAAAGUCUGAAAAUCGAUUGCGUAGUAACACGAGAAUGUUUGUCCACUGUUCGAGGAUAGCAUUGACGAUUCAUCAUAAUAAUUCGCGUUCCAUUAUUUUUAUUUUCUUUCUUAGAAAAAAAUUUUAAUAAAAAUUGUAUUUUGUGAAAAAUAUAAUUAAACAAUUAGUCGCGCGUUAGUUUGACCGUGAGUAAACAUAUUUUCUGUUCUCACUGCGUGAGACAUAAUUUUUCUUUUUGUUGCUGUUGUCACUGCAAGAAUUCUGAGCAUAAAAAAAAUACGACUCGUCGUAGGUCUCUGUAAUGUCGUAAAUUAGCGAAUCAAAGAUGGAGGGAGGAAGGUUGUAGUAGUAAUAAUAAUAACGAUAAUAAUAAUAACAACAAUAACAAUAAUAAUCGUGAAAAUGAUUAAUUUCUCUUAAAUAAUAAUUGAGACUGGUAAAUUCUGAUAUAUAAAUUUUAUUUUCAUCGAUGAUAUGACUACGAAAAUGCCACAAUCCAGCAUUUCCUUCUUUUAUGGUAUGAUAUAAUAAAUGUUCUCUGCAUCUUACAUAA